UCAGUCAAUUUCACUUUUUUGUUUUCCCUUCUUUUUUAUGUUCUUCACUGUUUUGUAUUGACUUUUAUUACAGUUAAGCAUCUUCUAUGAGCUACAUUUAUUUUUCUCGUUCCUGGAAGGAGUUAUUCAGUCUGAUAUAAAAAGAAAAGAAUUGUCCUCCUUCCAUCAAGUGGAAACUUGCCCUGGGGCAUCACUCUUCUAGCCAGCUUUCACAUCUUUAAAUAGGCUGCUAUUUUAAUUCAAAAGCAUAACGUGCAGCCCUGAAGGCUUGAAGGCAUGCAGCCCAGAUUUAAUGCAAGGGUCAAAUGUCCUGACAACACUCGAACAUACGGUGUCGUGUCCAGGCGUCUUGUGAAAGGAAGAAGCAAUGUCCUACUCAUCCAAGCUUCCCGCUUCCUGGAAUGAUGAACGACCACGUCGGAAAGUGGAAAUCGAUCUCAGCUCGCCUGGUUUGGCAGUGUUUGAGUUGGAAAGACUGCUGUUCACAGGCAAAGCCAUCAUCAGCCAUGCAGAUGAGGUGUGGCCGAGGCUUUACAUCGGGGACCAACACAGCGCAGAAAACCUUGCGGAUCUGUCCAGGCAUCGCUUCACUCAUAUCCUGAAUGCAGCUCACAGCAAACGAAGGGGGCAACCAACCACAUACGAGCAAAUGAAGAUCACCUACAUGGGCAUCGAGGCACACGACUCCUGCAACUACGACAUGAGCAUCAACUUUCAGGCUGCAGCAGACUUCAUCCACAGAGGACUAAGCACAGGAGGGAAAGUUCUGGUGCAUUGUCAUGUGGGAGUCAGUCGCUCUGCCACCCUGGUGCUGGCUUACCUGAUGCUGAAGCAGAAGCUCUCUCUUGUGGAGGCUAUUUGUGCUGUGAAAGACAAUCGGGGUGUGAUCCCAAACAGAGGAUUCCUCCGACAGCUCAUUAAACUGGACAGGCAGCUCUUUGGCAAAUAUCAUUAAACCACUAGAAACCCCAAUCUCAAGAAUGUUCACAUCUGAAAUCAGUUCAUUUCUUCUGGUGUGGACUUGAUGUGUGCAAGGAUGAGAUCCUAAAAACAGUUUUGUUUUUUUCGUUGUUUAUCGUUUGACGUCUUAGAAUGUAAAAAUUUAUUUAUUUUCCGACUUACAGAUAUCAAAAACUCUCUAAAAUCCCAAUGUGAAAACUCAUGAAGGUUUUUAAGUAGUAUGUAACAAUCCACUUCUGUAACAUAAAGACACAGUUGAUAUUUGAUCAGAAGGUGAGCGUGUUAGCUGAUAUAGUCUCUAAAUAUUUUCUGGAAUGCAUUUAUACUAUUUGUACCUAUUUUAGAAAUGGAUACAAGUAGUAGCUAUUUCUAAAAAAGGGGAAACUCCUUGUAUGCUAAUAUAUUAUCUUCAAAUUAAAAGAAAAUUUGCUGUACUUCAAGAGAUGCAAAAAUGUAGCCUUUGUGGCUGAAUUUUACCUGUUUACUAAAACAGGUAAACAAUUUGUUUGUUUGGUCUCCAAACAAACAAAUUCAAUUAAUUUGUCCAACAUUAAAACCGUUUUUAAUCAUAAAACCUGCACUGAAUAAUCUUGGUGUGAGAGAGGGAGGAGCUCAGAGAGCGAUUUGAGGCAACUUAGGAUAGAUGUCCAGUAGAUGAGUGAUAAGAAAAAUUCUAUAGUUUUUUUUAUGGAAUUAAAUUGUAAUAGUUAUAUUUGUAAACCUAAUGAAUAAGCUUAGUAGUUGCUACAGUGAUGUAUUAGACUGGUUUUGAAGACUUAUCCACUGAUAAAAUAUGAGCAUCAGUAGGCAGGAAAAACAGCUGCAGCCCUCAUUAGCACACCUGAGACAGGUUGUCUACUUUAAAGUGCAAAUCUGUGCAGGGAACUAGCUCAGUGGGUGUCUGUGGGUUAACUGGGUGCUGAUGGGUUCUUCAAAGGCUUCAGGGGCAGAAAGUGCAAGUACUGAUUUUGAGAUCUAUACUGUGUGAAAAGACAAAAUCUUUCAUGUGAAAAAAGUUGUAGUAAAGAGGUUGUGUACGGUAGUAAGUAAAAUUACUGUUCCAACUGCAUUUAGCUAGUUCCUUUUUUUGACUUGACCUAUUACUUCGACUUCUUACCUGGAUUCGGUUAUAAGUCACAGAAGUCCUUAUAUCCUCUUUCUUAGAUCACCUUAGAUGUUGCCUGCUCCUGUGAUUUUUUUGUUGUUGGAUUUUCUCUGCAGUGAUCUGGCAAGGGAGAGGCCAACACCAGCUGGAAGCCCCAGACACCCUUGCAGACAGUGGUGAUGACAGAAUUUCCCUGGUGACAUUUGCAAACAAGGAGUUUGCAAAUACAGGGAAGUUGUCAGAUCUUGCUGCUGCUGAGGGCAAAAACAUCCUUUUUUCCCCAGUUAGUGUCUCUGCUGCCUUUCCUGCUCUGUCUGUGGGAGCGAGGGGCGAUACCUACCAGCAGCUUUUCAAUGGUCUGAGCUUCAACAGCUCCCAGGUGAAUCAGGCAGAUAUAAACCGGGCCUUUCAUACGUUCAUUGGAAGUUCAUUGAAACUAUCUUCAUAAAUCUGAAAUGAAAAAGUGAAUUGUAAAAAAGAAAAAAAAGCUCCCUGUGCUCCACCCUCUAAACUUGUGUGUUACAAAUGACUUGUGUACAUUAACUAUUUGCUGGUUGAAAUAAUUGCACAAUAUUUAAAUCUUUUCAGGAAAGAAAGUUUA